CUUAACUCGACGAGUCUGUCCGCAGAUGCUGUUGCUCCUGCUGAGCUUGAGCUGGGGAUUAUUGCUAAAGUUAAAGUGUAGGCUUGUGCCGAGUGGGUGUCUCCUCGCCCACAUUCAGUACUUUUCAUCUCUCGCUCUUCUUUCAUCCAGUGUUACUUUCUUAUUGAGUGACACGCGGACUAUGAAAAAUAUGACUUUCCGACGUUUAAAGAAGCUGAACUCAAACGAGCCGGACAGUGGUUCGUUGAGUCAUGACAGUGGAGAUAUCUACUUUACCUCCUCCAAAUCGGACAGCUGUACAGUGGACCGUGGACCCUCAAACUCCACUGAGGUGUAUAAUUAUAAGACCCUCGCUUACUCUGGAGGGACCCUACCAAGGAAUUUUAAAAAGAACGGUGGGCUGCAAAAAUGGAAGCCCCUAUCACAGUCUCCAGAACCACAAAGGAAAAUGGUGAUCCUGGAGAAGAAAGAGGAGGAGGCCUUUGGCUUUGAAAUCCAGACAUACGGACUGCAUCACCAGAGUGAGAACUCGGUGGAGAUGUGCACUUUUGUUUGCAAAGUUCACGAAGACAGUCCUGCCCAACUUGCAGGCCUUAAAGUCGGAGACACGAUUGCCAGCGUGAACGACACUUCUGUGGAAGGCUUUCGCCAUAAAGAAAUCGUCCAGCUCAUUAAAUCAUCUGGCAACGACAUUAGGCUAGAAACGGUCUACAGCAACGCUAUUAGAAAAGCAGAAUUGGAAGCCCGACUGCAGUAUCUAAAGCAAACCCUGCAUGAGAAAUGGGACGAAUACAGAUCUCUAAUGGUGCAAGAACAGCGGCUUGUGCAUGGCAUCGUGAUGAGUGACGUGGCUGUGUACGAGUCUCUGGAGUCAGCCGGCGUGUACGGUAGUUUGGGAGCUCCGAGCCCGGCGGCCAUGCGCGCGUUACUCGGCACCGGUAGCACGAGCAGCAGCGUGAGCCACCUCAGUGCCGCCACGGCCGAGGACGAUCCACUCUACCAAACCUGCAUCUACCAGGGGGAAUGCGGCAACAACAACAGCAACGACAAGCUCGACACAAACCAAGAGAAGACUCAAAGUGGCCGCCCACGGAUCACCCGACCCGCCAGCGAGCUCUUCGCCACUGCCAAGACAACCCUCACCCGCAGCGCCAGCACACGCAGCCACAUGAGGGGCCCGUCAUCGUCCUCGGUGCCUAAUGGAGAAAAACAGCAGUGCGGAGGGUUCAGCACACUGCAGCGCAAACCCAAACAGAAGAGCUUCAGGCGGAGGCUGUUGAAGUACAUUCCCGGACUAAACCGACCCAUGGAAGAGGAGGAAAGCAAACUGUGAGAAACUAAAACAGACUAAAAUUCAAAGACUCACUUAGCCAAAGACUAAAUGUUUAAAAUUUGAAAUCCAUCCAAAAAAGCAAACUGAAGAUCAAAAUGGGAGGCCAAGACAAACCAAAGAAUCUAGUGAUUUAAAAAAAAAAAAAAAAAAAGUGUUUUCAAAAAUCGAGAGCCUCGUUCAUUUCCAAAGUUUGGACCGAUUAGAAGUAAUUUAGUUUGAGUGUGCCAAAAGUUUCAAAGCAUUUGCUUUUAAAACCUGAAUGCAGAACAUUCACACAAGAUUGGUUGAGCAAUUUAAACGCUCGUCUAAAAUGCUGAGCAGAUGUGGAUGCAUUUUUAUUUGUUGCUGGAAUAUUGUUUAAAGUUCUAUAACCAGUAAUAUAACAGUUAACAAGACAAAAAUAUGGUGAAAAC